AGCUCCCCAAAGUGCUCAAGGUCCUGUGGACAGCUCACCCGGCUGCGAUGGCUGUAGGCCCUCAGAACUCUGUGCUCCUGGCCUUCACCCUGCUCUGCCUGCCCUGGCCUCAGGAGGUGGGCGCCUUCCCGGCCAUGCCCUUGUCCAGCCUGUUUGCCAACGCCGUGCUCCGGGCCCAGCACCUGCACCAGCUGGCCGCCGACACCUACAAAGAGUUUGAGCGUGCGUACAUCCCCGAGGGCCAGAGGUAUUCCAUCCAGAAUGUGCAGGCCGCCUUCUGCUUCUCGGAGACCAUCCCGGCCCCCACGGGCAAGGACGAGGCCCAGCAGAGAUCCGACGUGGAGCUGCUCCGCUUCUCGCUGCUGCUCAUCCAGUCGUGGCUCGGGCCCGUGCAGUUCCUCAGCAGGGUCUUCACCAACAGCCUGGUGUUUGGCACCUCGGACCGAGUCUACGAGAAGCUGAAGGACCUGGAGGAAGGCAUCCAAGCGCUGAUGCGGGAGCUGGAAGACGGCAGCCCCCGGGCCGGGCAGAUCCUGAAGCAAACGUACGACAAGUUUGACACAAACCUGCGCAGUGACGACGCGCUGCUCAAGAACUACGGGCUGCUCUCCUGCUUCAAGAAGGACCUGCACAAGGCCGAGACGUACCUGCGGGUCAUGAAGUGCCGCCGCUUCGUGGAAAGCAGCUGUGCCUUUUAGUGGCCGGGCCUCCCUUUCACCCCCUUCCCUGAGCCUCCCCUCACCCUGGAAAGGGCCACUCCCGUGUCCACUGUGCUUUCCUAAUAAAAUAAAGUUGCAUCA